CAACAGUUCAAACCUCAUCUCCAAUUCCUUCUUCUUCACUCUUCUCCCAUGGCUGCUGGAAAUUACACUUCUGCCCCUCUUCUCCUCCUCUUAUGUCUCUUCGCCGCCGGUUUCCGGGCGUCCUCCGCCGCCCUGGUUAAGGAGGAACCGCUGGUGUUGAAAUACCAUAACGGAACCCUUCUUAAGGGCACCGUCACCGUUAAUCUUGUCUGGUACGGGAAGUUCACGCCGGCCCAGCGGGCCAUAAUCGUCGAUUUUCUUCAGUCGCUUAAUUCGCUGAAAUCUGCGGCGCCCUCCGCCGCGUCGUGGUGGAAGAUCACCGGAAAAUUCAAAGGCGGCGGCGCCUCCACGGUGGUUGUCGGGAAACAGAUCUUAGUUGAGAACUAUCCGCUCGGGAAGUCCCUUAAGAACUACCAAAUUGCUUACUUGGCGUCCAAAGGUGGAAGCUUUGGCGGCGGUGCUAACGGCGUUAACCUCGUGUUAACGGCGAAGGAUGUCUACGUGGACGGGUUCUGUAUGAGCCGGUGCGGGACCCACGGGUCGACUCGGGGGAAAACUCGCUCGGCUUUCGCCUGGGUCGGCAACUCGGAGACCCAGUGCCCCGGCUACUGCGCGUGGCCGUUUCACCAACCGAUUUACGGCCCGCAAACUCCGCCGCUCGUCGCGCCGAACGCUGACGUGGGCGUCGACGGCAUGAUCAUCAGCAUCGCCACCGUUCUCGCCGGAGCCGUCACCAACCCCUUCAACAACGGCUACUUCCAGGGCCCCGCCACCGCGCCGCUGGAGGCGGUCUCCGCCUGCACGGGGAUAUUCGGGUCCGGGUCUUACCCGGGAUACCCGGGUCAGGUCCUCGUCGAUAAGGCCACCGGCGCUAGCUUCAACGCGUACGGCGUGAAUGGGCGAAGGUUCUUGAUUCCGGCCAUGUGGGACCCCCAAAAAUCUGCCUGCUCGCCGCUCGUCUGAUAUGGACAAAAACGGUGUCGUAAUCGCCUGUGAGCGUGUCUACGGUCUAUACUUUCUAUGGAUGCAAAAAAAGAGGUUUUAUUAGUUUAACAUCUUGGUUUAUGGUUGUGUAUUUCGGUAUAUCUAUGUAUAUUCUCUUUUUUUCCACGAAAAGAAAAAUGUGAAAAAUGUUUCAAAAUUGUGAAAACAAAUAUGCAGUUGUAAUAGAGAAAAAUAUUUACGGAAUAUGAAUUAUGAUAUGAUAGUGUUUUACUCCUU